CCCUCUCUCUCUCUCCCGUCCCCUCCCCCCUUCCCCAACAAAAAAACCGUCUCUCUCUCUUCCCUACUCUCGUUUCCUUCUCUCUUACAAUUUUUAUCUCACCUUGUAUCUUGGCCUACCCCUUUCCUCUCACUCCUUUCCUUUGCCCAAAAAAAUCAGAUUUUUUUUUUUCCCGGUGAUCUGAUCCGCUGCGGGAAUCCGAGCGGCUUGAGCGCGGUGGCGACGAUGGUGAACGUGGCAGAGAGUAGCUGCCGUUAAAAUUUGAGAUUUUGGGAGCUUUUUCAAUUUCUUUGUGGGCAUUGGAGAUGAGUUGUUUCUCAUGUUUUGGAUCGCCAGAUAAGGAGGAGGAGGAGGAGGAGGAGAAGAAUGAGGAGAAGGAAGGAGGUGGGGAUGUUAUGAGGGACACCUCAGGUGCUUCAUCUUCUAAUCAUGUGACCAGAGCUAGCUCAGACAAAUCAAAGAUGCGGAAUGGUUCAGACUCCAGGAACCCAACAUUGGUGCCCAGAGAUGCAACAUCAUCCCAUAUUGCAGCGCAAACAUUCACUUUUCGUGAGCUUGCUGCUGCAACUCAGAACUUUAGACAAGAUUGCCUUCUGGGGGAAGGGGGUUUUGGUCGUGUGUAUAAAGGACGCUUAGAGAACACUGGACAGGUUGUUGCUGUAAAACAAUUGGACAGGAAUGGCCUUCAAGGGAACAGAGAAUUUCUGGUGGAGGUACUCAUGCUCAGCCUAUUGCAUCAUCCAAAUCUUGUCAACUUAAUUGGUUACUGUGCCGAUGGAGAUCAACGCCUCCUUGUGUAUGAGUUUAUGCCUCUAGGAUCAUUGGAGGAUCAUUUGCAUGAUAUUCCACCUGACAGAAAACCCCUUGACUGGAAUACACGGAUGAAGAUUGCAGCUGGUGCUGCGAAAGGCUUGGAAUACCUGCAUGAUGAGGCAAACCCUCCUGUUAUAUACAGAGAUUUCAAAUCAUCAAACAUCCUACUUGCUGAAGGAUAUUUUCCUAAGCUGUCUGAUUUUGGGCUUGCAAAACUUGGCCCUGUUGGUGACAAGACUCAUGUUUCAACACGGGUCAUGGGGACAUAUGGCUAUUGUGCUCCUGAAUAUGCUAUGACAGGGCAGCUAACACUAAAAUCUGAUGUCUAUAGUUUUGGUGUUGUCUUCCUUGAAUUGAUUACAGGGCGCAAAGCUAUUGACAACACCCGGGCUGCUGGGGAGCAUAAUCUAGUGGCAUGGGCUCGCCCAUUAUUCAGAGAUCGAAGAAAGUUCCCCAAGAUGGCAGAUCCAAAGUUGCAAGGCCGCUAUCCAAUGAGAGGACUGUACCAGGCUCUAGCUGUUGCUGCGAUGUGUCUGCAGGAGCAAGCAGCAACUCGGCCUCUUAUUGGGGAUGUUGUCACUGCACUUACAUACCUAGCUUCACAAACUUAUGAUCCAAAUGCAGCUAGUUCUCAGAGUAACAGAGCUGGUCCAUCCACCCCAAGGGCGAGAGAGGAUUGGAAGAACCCCAGUGUUGGGUUUGACAAUCAACAUGCUAUCCAGUCACCACAUAGGCAUUCACCUGACUUUAGGCAUAGAGACUUUUUCAGGGGGCCAAACAUUGGAGAUGGAGGCAGAGGAGAUGUAGUUGGUCAGUCUGGAAGAAAUUUGGAUCCUGAUGAAUUGCAGAUACAAGAGUCUCAAAUGAACAGCGCAAUCCAUGUAGGAAAAGCUAGAGAAGCUCCAGGGACUUCAAACCGAGACCUUGAUAGAGAGCGUGCAGUUGCAGAGGCAAAAGUAUGGGGUGAAAAUUGGAGAGAGAGAAAGAGAAUGAAAGAACCCAUCAGCUUUGAUAGUACGAGUUUGGUUCCUGGGACGAGAUGUGGAAAGAAGGCAUCAAUUGAAGGGAGGGUUGCAUUUCAAAUUGAGUAGAUGUCUAGCAUGUCACAGAUAGGUUGGGUGCGAGUUGCUGCACUCUGUCAGAAAGGCUGUCUGAAGCCUAAAGAGAAAGGUGCCAUAGUUUUGGUCUAUAAAGUCUAUGUCGGGUGUGUUUUUGCAUGUCUCAUAGCAGUUUUUGUAUUUUAUUGAUCUUAUAUAAAGUAUCAUAUGUUCCAUGGCCAUGAUUUUGAAUGCUUGUGGGGUUUGAUCUCUUUUCGUUGAAAAACUUUGCUUCUUAAUGCGAAGCAUACUACUAGCUGGCAUAAAUCAUCUGGAACAAUAAAAGCAUAGGGCUUUUUGUUGCUGGUCAAA